GCGUUGGCCCAGCACAAUACGGCAGAGUGCUUCUGGCUGAGGGGCCUCAUCCCUCAGCAGCAGUGGCUGGCGGUACCUCCACCCACAGAUGACCUUCCUCUGGAGUUCACAGGUGCCAACGGACUGGAGCAGGGCAUGUUUGGUGCUGGCACCGCGAGCAGGCCAGUCGAGAUGUUCGGGAACGCUAGUGGUGGUGAGGACUCAGCGGUGCCCAGUUUGCGCAAAGCCGGCGUCGCCAUUGUAUGCUUCAACCAGAUACUCCCUGAGAUCGAGAUCAGGGGAUCAAGUUUGGCCCACUGGGGGGCCCGCGUCAGUGACACGAGGUGA